GCUCCGUCAGUGUCCGCGUGUGCACGGACGUGCGUUACCAGAGUUGGAGGUGGAAAAUUCUGAAAACCGGAGUUGGGAAAUCGUCACUCAGGCCGGCAGCGGCCCGGCAAUUCCGCAAAGGGAUCUUUGGUUGCUGAUUGUUAUUAUUCCACGUGUGGAUGCACCCAUCGGGAAAGAUGGACAGUUUCCAAGCCGCGUUAAUCCUGACGUGUCCCAGAUGACGGACGACAGCAAUGACGGUCAUCGCUUUCACCGUGUCCGUGCUGUGCCUGUGCCUGGCGGCGCCGGCGGCGGCCCCGUCCCGCUGGGCUUGCGCCCGGGCCUGUCCGCGGUCCUGUUCCUGCACGCAAGAGAAGAGCUGCAGCGUGCUGUGCGACCGUUCCGGCCUGGCCGAGCUGCCCGCAGAGUUCCCCUGCGAGGCCUCGGCCAUCAACCUGGACAAGAACAGACUUAAGUUCCUGUCGGAAAAGGCCUUCGGGACCCUGCCGUCGCUCAAGUCCCUCUCGCUGGACCACAACAACAUCUCCUUCAUCACCCCCGGAGCCUUCAAGGGCCUCCCCAACCUGCUGGAACUGAAAAUGGCGCACAACGAGUACAUCAGCUACCUUCACACCAGGACCUUCACGGGCCUCAAGAAGCUGGCGCGCCUGGACCUGUCCGACUGCAACCUCUUCAACAUCCCGGACCGGAUCUUCAUCGAGCAGACGGCGCUCAAGGAGCUGCUCUGCUUCCAGAACAAGUUCCGCAGGAUCCCCGGCGCCAUCCGCGGCAUGGAGAACCUGACCCACAUCUACCUGGAGAGGAGCAAGAUCGAGGCGGUGGCCUACAACUCGCUGCUGGGGCUGGGCGGCCUCAAGUAUUUGAACCUGCAAGAGAACCGCAUCAACGUCAUCCACGACCAGGCCUUCCAGGACCUGGCGCGACUGGAGAACUUCUACCUGAACGACAACCUGCUGUCCGACCUGCCGCCGCUCGCCUUCAAGGGCCUGGCUCGCCUCAAGAUGCUCAACCUCGGCGGCAACCGGCUGAUCAAUAUCUCCGAGACCUGCUUCGGUGACCUGGCGGAGCUGGAGACCCUCUACCUGGACAGGAACCGGCUGCUGUACAUCGAGGAGGGAACCUUCCAGAACCUGACCAGCCUGAUCACGCUCCAUCUGAACAGCAACAACCUCAGCAGCCUCCCCCUCCCGGUGUUCCGGCCCAUUUACUUCCUGGGCCGCCUCUACCUCUUCAAGAACCCCUGGCACUGCGACUGCUCCCUGGAGUGGCUGAAGGACUGGAUGGAGAACUACAACCUGGUGCGGGACAUCCCCUGCUCCUCGCCGUCGUCCGUGGCGGGCCUGGAUCUGGGCGAGGUGGUCUUUGCCAAAGUCAACGGCACCUGCGCCGAUCCCGCCGAACUCAACCUGACCGCCGCGCCCUCGGAGGCGCCGUCCGCCGCGGAGAACCGCUUCAACAGCCUCAUCUCCAGGCUCCUGCAGCAGGAAGUCCGGGAAGACGCGGCCAACGGGACGGACGGCGCUCGCAACGGGACCCUCCCGGACGCCGACGACGGAGGGCUCGCCGCGGGGGUCGCGGGGCGACGGGGUCACGCGUGGCCGCCGGCUCUGUGUUUCCUCGCCGCUUGGCUGGUCUUUGGUUUUCCUCGGGCGGAAUGGUGGACUUUCCCGCUCGGGGAUGCGCGGAAUGUCCGCCGGGACGGCAAAAGGACCUUUCUAUAAAGACGUCGACGACGGAGGAAAAAGGAGCCGCCUCGGUUUUGAGGGUCAGCGUCGGCGAGUUGUGCGCGUGAGGGUCAGAGAUUGAAUUUAGGUUUCGCGUUUGACUUUUGGGUCGCGCUCUCGACUUCCCAAAUGAGUCGCGUCGCGUGCCGGAAUGGCUCUCUUCCGGUUCUCCUGAAUUCAAAGGACGGAAUAUUUGUGUAAUGUUUCAAGGUUAAAGGUUGAUGGCGGGAAAACGGAUGUCCUCCACUCUAGCAGGUUAUUUUUUUUUUUGGUCUCCUCUGCAUUAAUCUUCUUCUGGCUUUAGAGUAGCGGAGAGCGCGCUGGCGCCUCCUACGGACGGACAUCCGGCUUUCAGCACGCAGGCUGACC